UGCGCUAUAAAAGCGGCAUCAUCUGACCGCAGAAUCACCAUUAGUAAGGUGGCUACUGUAUAGCAAGCAUCUUCGACUCGUUCCGACUACACAACUCAACUACCGGUUAUUAUUGUUAUUGUUAUUGCCAUUAUUUUUUAAAUUUUAGGCAAAAUGCGUUUUGGCUCGGUGGUGUGGUUGUUGCCCCUGCUUUUCGCUUUAACUGCGGCACAAGUUCCGAGUUUUUUCAGCGCGCCGAAGAAUAUAGCAAGCGGUCUUAGCAAUCUCGUGACAAGCGGCCUGAAUUUUGCGGAUCAUGAUGACUUCUUGCUAAAAACUGGCAAAAGCUAUUUCGAUGCUGCCGAAAAGCAACUACGUGAAGCACAAUUUAAUACAAAUAAAAAUUUGGUAGCCUUGACCAAUACCGCCAAGAAGGGUUAUAAAUUGGCGUUGAACAAGUUUGCCGAUAUAACUAAAGCAGAAUUCUUGAAAUUCUUUUGCGGUAACUCCAAAUCAGCUAGUGGCGAAGCAAAGGCCAGAGCAGAUCGUCAGGAAGCCAAACCGCCCACCACCAGGGUGCCGAAGGCCUUCGAUUGGCGCACCAAAGGCGGUGUCACACCGGUGAAAUUCCAGGAUAAGUGCGGCUCGUGUUGGGCUUUCGCCACCACCGGCGCCAUUGAGGGUCACAUAUUCCGUAGCACUAAGAAAUUGCCAAAUCUUUCCGAGCAAAAUCUAAUCGAUUGCGGUCCAGUUGAUUUCGGUUUAAACGGUUGUGAUGGCGGUUAUCAGGAGUAUGCGUUCGCCUUUAUUAAGGAUGAGCAAAAGGGUUUACAAGACAGCGCCUCGUAUCCAUAUGCUAAUCAGAAGGAUGCUUGUAAAUAUAAAGCCGGAAAUAAGGAAGCCGAAGUAAAAGGUUUUGCGGUGGUCAAACCGAAAGAUGAAAAAACAAUGAUGGAGGUUGUCGCCACAUUGGGACCGUUGGCAUGUUCUGUGUACGCACCGGAAUCGUUAUUGCUUUACAAGGAAGGCAUCUAUGCGGAUGAGGAGUGCAAUAAGGCCGAAGUGAAUCAUGCGAUUUUGGUUGUAGGAUAUGGUAGUGAGAAGGGCAAAGACUUUUGGAUUGUUAAGAACUCAUGGGACAGCAGUUGGGGAGAGGAGGGUUACUUUAGAUUGCCACGCGGUAGAAAUUUCUGUGGCAUUGCCGAAGAAUGCAGUUAUCCAAUUGUUGAUUAACUAAUUCUUCUAUAUAGUGUAAUUUGAAGAAAUAUACGAUUUUAUUAAAAAAAAAUGCAUAGUAAAUCAUUUUUAGGCACAUCAUAUAGCAUAUGACUUAUAUUUACUUAAAUAAAAAGAGACGUACAAAUUUUUUUAGUUCAACAAAAAAAUAUAAAAUAAUUUAAACUAAAGCGAAGUCAUCACGUUCAUCAUUAUAAUUCAAGACGUGCUGCUUAAUCUUGGAGCUAUCCACCCAUGUGACAAAAUCUUCCAAAUUGCGUGUUACUAAAAAUGCCGGAUCCGUAAUCAUAUCAGGGCCCACUCGUAUAUGUCCUUGCUCAAUGAGAUCUGUCGCAUUUUUGAGAUUUUGUGAUAGACGAUCUUGAAAAAUAUAAGAUGGUUAGGGUUUUUUCUUUAAAACAAUUUAUAUAUAAGACUCAGAGAAAGCAUUUGUACAUACACACAUUAGUAAAUAACAGGAAUGUAAUUUUACCACUGGCAUACAAGAUAUCGGAAAAUAUGAUUUUGAAAAAUUUUAA